UGGUCAUCAUCCUCCUCGUCACCACGGUGAACUUGACAGUGGUGCUGCGCUCCAGAGGAAAAACCCGAACGCAUCUCCGCGGCGCACGAAGCGCAACCUGCGCUCUAUUUUGGGUUGGAUCGGCGAACCGCACGCGCGUGACGCAUCGAGAAGUCACAAAAGUCUCAGAAUAUUGUCAGUUCUUUUCUUGUCUCUCGGUCUGCCAACUCGCGCGGCGUGGAAGUAAAGUCUGCAUUGCUGCUGGAUGGGAAAAAAAGCCCCCGCGCGCGCUCACUUUGCAGCAGGCGCCCGUGACAUGAACGGAUGGAGUUGUGGAGCACCUGAGUGGAGAAAUGGACUUCGUAAGGCAACUUUGCUUACUUUCUGUGCCGUGAAGACGCUUCCAGCCAUGGGUUGAAAGAGCCAACCGUGCACGGUGCAUGGGGAUCUUCAGUGUGGGAGUUAUGUGAUGAUUGACACUGCCUGACCAUCGGUGGGAGAUCAGAAAUAGAGAGGCCGUUUUUGUACCCUCUUGUUUGUCUCGUCGGAUUGUCGGAUGGAUUAUAAACUGGUAGCUUCAAAAUUGUGAGAUGUUUUACAUUCAAUGACAUUGUAUCAUUAAUGUUUUUAUUUAUUUUUUUUACGGACAGUUUUAGGUUGUCGACUUGUUUCUCGUUCACGAUGAUGGCCCAAACGAGACCAUUCCAUGCUUAUUCGGCAGCCUCUCGGAACAUGGCGGUAGAUGAUCAGACAAUCCACAGUCUACUCACACGCUCAUAUUUCUGCGUUCUUCUCCACAUCGCAACAUCCCAAAGUGCAUCUAAACGUUCAUCUCAUCCAGAGUCUCGGUCGCUCCCUCCCUCCCUCCCCCCCACUCAUCAGGGCUGGUGGGGGGGGUGGAUCCGGGCUUCCGCCAUGGAGGCCAGCCCGGAGAGCCCCAACCGGGCCGUGGAGUACCUCCUGGAGCUCAACAACAUCAUCGAGAGCCAGGCCAAGCUCCUGGAGACCCAACGGCGGCGCAUCGACGAGCUGGAAGGCCAGCUGGACCGGGUCAGCCAGGAGAACAAAGACCUGAGACAGGAUCGCAGCCCUCGGACCCCCGGCUCCGACACCCCGGAGCAGAACCGCAAUCACGGCCAGCCUCUGUCGCUCCCCGUCCAUCACGGCGUCGGCGGGGACGGCGGCGCAUCCUCAGCUCAGACCAAAGGCGGAGCCGCGACCGUGCCGGCGCCCGGCAGGGACAGGAGGACCCACGCCAGACUGACCCGAGGUCUCUCCUGCGGCUCGUCCGCCGCCGAGAGAGAGCGGCUCCAACGCACCGACAGCACAGACGCCAACACCAGCUCCACCGUUCGCAGAAAUGUGCGACCAUCGUCCAUCUCUGGGCAGCAGCCCACUUCAGCUCCCAGCACUCCCACCACGGCGACGGGCAGCUCUGCCCUCGCCGCUCUCUUCUCCACCAGUCUGACUGUUCACAGCUUCGUCAGUCUCCAUCAGUACUGCUGCCCCUCCACUGACCAAAGCUUGCAACAGAAGGACAGUGUGGAAGUGGAGUCCCAGUGUCCGGGGGAAACGGGCACCCACAAGGACAGCACUUUCAGCCAGACACCUUACUUGCGUGGCUCAGAGCGCUACAGUGACAGCAACAGCAGCGUGACCCCCCCUGGUUCCAGGGGACCCUCAUGUGUGACUGCCUCCGGUUCUGCCAGCUUGGCCUGGGUGCUGCGAACACGCCACCAACCGGCCAGCCUAGCCCUUCGCAAACAGGAGGAGGAGGAGAACAAGAGAUGCAAGGCUCUCUCAGACAGUUAUGAACUCUCAACGGAUCUGCAGGAUAAGAAGGUGGAAAUGCUGGAGAGAAAGUACGGGGGCUCAUUCGUGAGUCGGAGGGCAGCCAGGACCAUUCAGACAGCCUUCAGACAGUAUCGCAUGAACAAGAACUUUGAACGCCUCCGAAGCUCUGCCUCUGAGAGUCGCAUGACACGCCGCAUCAUCCUGUCCAAUAUGAGGCUCCAGUAUUCUUUUGAUGAGCGGCAGCCUCAACAGCAGGCCCAGACGCAGACCAACUUCACUCACAGUGUGGCCAUAGGCCCUCCUCAUUCCCCCGACACUGAUCGCCCAGGAGACUACACCCACUUAGAGGACUCGUUCUGCAAACAGGUUAAGUCCUUAGCUGAUUCCAUUGACAAUGCCCUGACCUGCCGUGCUGAUCGCAAUGACUCCCAAGAAGGAAGCAGGGAGGGUGGUGGUCUCAGUGAAGAUUUUGGGGAGUGUAUGUGGAGCAGUAGCAGCAACCCCUCCUCGCAACGUGGGCUGGGUGAAAGAGCCAGGGGAGUCGGAGGAGUACUGAGCAUGCACGGAGACAGUACGGCAACCUCGUACAGCGACGUCACGCUUUACAUGGACGACGGCAUGCCACCCUCGCCGCUUUCCCCGGACCGGGCACCCAGCAGCACCGACACAGAAUAUUGGGGCCCUGGUGGGGGUGUCGGGGUGCGUGAGGACAGCAGGGACACAGAGGGAGGGGGCAGCAGUAACAGUCGGCGCAGCACACCAUGCACAGAGUGUAGGGACUACCGUCUGAGGGGCGCACACCUGCCUCUCCUCACAAUUGAGCCGCCGAGUGACAGCUCAGUGGACAUGAGUGACCGUUCAGAUCGGGGCUCUCUAACCAGACAGCUGGUCUAUGAGCAGGAGCCUGGAGUGGGGGCUGGGUCUCCUCAGGGAACCCUCAAACACUCCCCAAACACUGUGGCCCGCUCGCCAUCCACAGCGGCCGCCCAGGGUCAGAUCAGAGCACCUGGCAGAGCCGUCCCGACACACAUCCCUCACCAGGUGGCUUCACACCACCAUCACCAUCACCACCACCCCAUCCACCACCAUCAGUACCCUGACACGCCAUCGUCGUCUUCAUCGCCUCAACAGCCCCCCACCACUCCUCUGUCCUCCUCCUCCUCCACAGCUCUGCCCUCUGGAGGGCUGGAGCAGCCGUGUUGCUCGGAUGGCGACAACGACUCUCUGAACUCCACCACCAACUCCAAUGAGACAGUCAACUGCAGUUCCGGUUCCUCGUCUCAGGACAGCCUCCGCGAACCUCUACCCCCUCUGGGCAAGCAGACAUAUCAGAGGGAAAGCCGCCAGAGCUGGGACUCUCCGCCCUUCAACAGUGACGUAGUGCAGAGACGCCAGUACCGCAUAGGUCUCAAUCUUUUCAACAAGAAGCCAGAGAAGGGGAUCCAGUACCUGAUUGAGAGAGGCUUUGUGUCAGACACUCCAGUUGGGAUUGCUCGUUUCAUCCUCGAGAGGAAGGGUCUGAGCAGGCAGAUGAUCGGAGAGUUCCUGGGGAACCGGCAGAAGCAAUUCAACAAAGAUGUUUUAGAUUGUGUGGUUGAUGAGAUGGACUUCUCUGGAAUGGACCUGGAUGAUGCUCUGAGGAAGUUCCAGGCUCAAAUAAAAGUUCAAGGAGAAGCACAAAAAGUGGAACGGCUCAUUGAGGCCUUCAGUCAGAGAUACUGCAUGUGUAAUCCGGUUCUGGUUCGGCAGUUCCAGAACCCCGACACCAUCUUCAUCUUGGCCUUCGCCAUAAUCCUUCUCAACACAGACAUGUACAGCCCUAACGUCAAAGCAGAGAGGAAGAUGAAGCUGGAGGAUUUUAUCAAGAAUUUAAGAGGCGUAGAUAAUGGUCAGGAUAUUCCCAGGGACCUGCUUGUUGGGAUUUACCAACGGAUACAGAAAUGGGAGCUGCGCACCAAUGACGACCAUGUGUCUCAAGUGCAGGCAGUGGAGAGAGUCCUUGUGGGCAAGAAGCCUGUACUGUCCCUUCCCCAUCGUAGGCUGGUGUGUUGCUGCCAGCUAUACGAGGUACCCGACCCCAACAGACCUCAGAGAACAGGAGUACAUCAGCGCGAGGUCUUUCUCUUUAAUGACCUUUUGGUGGUAACCAAAAUCUUUCAGAAGAAGAAAACCUCAGUGACAUACAGUUUUAGACAAUCUUUCCCUCUGGUUGAGAUGCAAGUGCACAUGUUCCAGAACUCAUACUAUCCUCAUGGUAUCCGCCUGACCUCCGCAGUCUUGGGUGGGGAAAGAAAAGUUCUCAUCGUCUUCAUGGCCCCCAGUCAGCAAGACAGCACUCGCUUUGUUAGUGACCUCAGGGAGAGUGUUGCUGAAGUGCAGGAGAUGGAGAAAUACAGAGUGGAAUCGGAGUUGGAGAAGCAAAAGGGUGUAAUGCGGCCCAGUUUGCUCACUGGAGGUGGUGGUGUGAAGAGUGACAUUGUGAAUGGUACUUUGGGAAGGACAAGUUUUGAUGAUAACUGCUCAGUUGGCGAAGGUCUCAAACGCACAGCACUUAGCUCAUCACUCAGAGACCUAUCUGACACAGGGAAGCGUGGUCGAAGGAACAGUGUCGGUUCUCUGGACAGUACUAUGGAAGGAUCCAUUAUUAGCAGUCCGCAGCCUCACCAGCGCUACUCAGUGCCAGGUGUGGUCUCCGGCUGCUACGCAACAGAAGACUUCCGGCCUCAUCGCCCCAUCCUGAGCCCCGGAACGGGGAUGGGGGGUGGGCCGGGGCAGCAACAUACCACUGCUGGGACAGGAGUCGGGGGCGUCCCCAGCAGUGUCGAGAGAGCAGGAGCGGGGAGCUGCCCUGGGGGGAGCGGCAACAACAGCGUCUCCUUCCUGGGCUCGCUAUUCGGCAGCAAACGCCCCAAACCGCCAGGGCCCCUUAUUCCACCGGGGCCACCCUACCCCGCGCCUGUCCACCCGCCGACGACGGGAGGGCCCCCUCCUCACUCCCCUUCAUCCCUGUGCCAGCAGUUGGAAGGGGGGCCUUCCAAGAUCCAGGCGCUGCACGCACAGUACUGUCACGCGGCUACCGUGCAGCCCCCACCACCUUACUACCACCACCAUCGCUACCAUGCCCAAAAUGUCCCUCCUCCUUUGCAAGGGGUGCCUCCUCAUACUGUACAGAGAGGCCCGCAACCCUGUCGUACACCCCUUUGCGCACCGCACGCCCCGCACCCGCAGCUGGCACAUCUCUCCCAGCUCUCACAGCAUGGGCUUCUGGGUCGCUACACCAACAUGGUAGUUGGACGUCCACCACCCCUUUCUCCUCUCUCCCAGCAUUCCCCGAACCCACAGUUCGCCCUGUACCACGUGCAGCCCACACACUCUAUCAGAGGGUGCACCACCGGCCCUGUUACCAAACCGCCCCUAACCUUGUCUCACUCCCAUCCGCACCCCCACGCACACUCCCAAACCCACCCCGGGCACGUGCACACACCGCACCCGGGCAGCCACUCCAGCCAUCAAACACACUUCAUCUUCGGCACUCUGCCCCACAAUCUGCCGUCCGCUACCGUCAACACGCAUCACACAGCAUCCGCCGGCCCGUAUCUGCCCCAGUACCCUCCUCUCUCUUCCAUCCCCCCUCCCCCACCACACUCCCCUUUACCCCCCCCUUCGUCCCCCCUUACCCCUCUUACACCUCUCUCCCCUCUCCCCCCCCAGCACCCCGGGCAGCCUCAGCCAGGGCCGCAGGUGACGGGGGCCGGAGCGACAGGUACAGGGGGCAGCUCCAAGUCCAAGCCUAUCAACCGGAUAAGCACCGUGGUGUGAGCAGGGCGUGGCCCGCUCGGGGUCAUAGGUCGGAUGAUAGCGCGGAGGAGGCGAGCAGGGCGAGGGCGAGGGCCAGAUCUGCCAGGACGGAGAGCAACAGCGGCGUUGCGGCUGACAAGAGGAAACGCAGCAUGCUCCGCCUCUGUUACUUUCACCUCCGUUUCCCGCAUAUGUAGGCGGAGAUUGCACGAUCGCAUCACAAGAACACACACUGCCCACAUGUUCAAACAGUCCAUCCAUUUUCUGAGCCGCUUAUCCUCACAAGGGUCGCGGGAGUGCCGGAGCCCAUCCCAGCUAUCAUCGGGCAGGAGGCGGGGUACACCCUGAACUGGUUGCCAGCCAAUAGUCAUAUUACAAGCCAUAUAAUUAAAGUUCAAUACUUAUAUUGGUACUGCCUCGGUUUUAACUUGUUUGACAUCUCAUUGACUCUAAUUAAGAAAGUACAGUGGUGCCUUGAGAUACGAGUGCCCUGAAUUUUUCGAGACACGAGCUGCCAUUCGGACAUUUUUUUGCUUUGACUUAUGAGGUCAUAUUUGAAAUAUGAAGGCAGGCACACUAGAAGGAGCAGCAUUCAAUUGAUGCAAUGUGACAAAAACAGUUUAAUUCUUUUAAAAUCUAUUUCAUUAUGUCAUUAUAUUUUCAUAAUGACAUAUUUUAAAAUAUACACUUCACAACAAUUGUUGACGUUUUGUGGGGGGAAGGCUGGCACGGAUUAAUGGCACGGAUUUGUUUCAGAGGGAAAGGAGUUGAGAUUUGAGUGUUUUGAGUUCCAAGCAUGGUCAUGGAACAGAUUAAACUCGUAUCUCAAGGCAUCGCUGUGCCGUAAUUUACAUGUAUGAAAAAUGGCACCCUUACUGUACAUCCAGGAUAACAACAAAGAUUACUGUACAGUCCAGCAAAGUUUAACGCUGAAAACAGCCGAGUUGCAAAAAACACCCCUUUGCAAUAAUUCCCUUGACUUCAUGACGUCGCCAUCCACUGCAGGGUUUGCUGACACUUUGGUGAUCUUUUUUCUUUCUAAAGAUGACCUCAAAUGUGUUGCUCCGUCUUGAAACAUUUUAACGGCAGACGGUCUUUGGCUUAAGCGUCUUUUACAUGUCUACCGGAGCCACUUGGCCUCAUGAUGCAUUUCUCAAGGAGUUUGGAAAUUAAUGAUACAAUCAACAAUCUAUUGUGAAUGUUUCUGAAGCUUCUCGCUUUUUUUUUUCUGAUCACUAUUAGAUCUGCUAUGAGUAUGAUGAAUAUUGUCUAUUUGUUUGAUAAGUACCGUACGUAAAUGUAUCAGCAGAUGUUUGUACAGGGUGAUAUAAAGCUUAGAAGCGCAUAAAUACCCUUUGGAGAGUGCUUUGAUUUAACGUCAUCGACAUCAUUUGCACCCUUCUGUUAACAUCGUUUGGUGUGAAAUAUUGAUGGUUGAAACAAGAUCAAUAAUGUUUUGUUCUAACUGAUGACUGUCUUUUUUUAAAUUUUAUUUUAUUUAUAUAUAUUUUUUUGGAUGGGAAAAAAACCUCUGAUGAUGCUCCCAUUGUUGAAAAGAGUGUUACUAUGGUUGUGGAAGUUUUAGAAAGAUGGCGUUUCCUUUGCAAUUGUGUGAAGCACCUCAACUCACUUUUUCAAAAUCAUCCGAUUUGUCGUGGGUGAGAUAUGUUUUGACGAAGCAAGCUUUUACAUGAGGAUUUGUGAGUUUAGCACGUGAUGUCUUAAGUCACCAAUGACCAUUUUAUUCUCUCACCGCUCCAGACACUUUUUUCUAACUCUCAACACAUUUUCUGAUGCUGUGGCAUCCCCAUGAGGGCUUUGUAUUUGUAAAAAAACAAAAUGAUAGCAAGGAUUAAGAAUGUAAAACAGCAUUCUUUGUUAUUCAGUGGCAUCGUGCACCCUUUUGCGACUGCAAUAUUUUAAGUUAUGAGUACUGACAGUUACCUACAGUGCCAGUUAUUAUCAAGAGAAAAUUAUAUAUACAUAUAUAUAUAUAUAUACUCCGAUGUUUUUUGGAGCAGAAGAAUGAGGACAAAACGAUGUCAGUGUUUGGAAUCAAGCUAUACUGAAAGAAAACUUGUGUAAAGUGUGAAUCCACAAAAAAAGGACACAAAGGAGGUUUGCAGAAAGUCAAGAAUGUGAGAUGAAGCUUUUAUAUGUAUGUGUUGACUAGCCCUUUUCUUUUAUUGUAUCAUUUCUGACUCUUCUUGCAUGGAUAUAUCUGCAUUGAAUAGAUUGUACUGUAUAAACCUGAAUGUAAAUAAGAUACUAUAAGCUUAUCAACCAUGGGACAAAGUGCUCCCAAUCUGUAUUCAGGUGCGUGCAUGUGAGUGCCAUGACAUAUGUACAUACGAAAGGUUAACAGGGACAGAAAAUGUUGUGGAAAAGGAAUAUUGUUUUGUUUUUUUUUCUUCUUAUUUGUGACUGAAGAUGAGAGAAGGAAUUAAGAGUAAUAAUGUAUACAUUACAACCUGAUGGUUAUAUGUCAGUGCACUGAUGGAUAUUACUUUGAACCAUUUCAGUUCAAGUUUCAGUUGUGAAUGUGUUAAAUGUACUGAAAGAAUAGAGAUUUUACAUGUGAAUAUUUAUUGCUUCAGAUCAAUUAAAGUGUCCUUGCAGUGA